AUGGAAUUGCAACAGGCCAAGACGACCAAUGAGAAGGAUGUUUCUACAGUUGCACCAAACAGUGAAGAUGUGGCCAAAGCUGUUCUAGCUCAUGGCUUCCAUCCUACGCUCAUUGGCUCCGAGGCCUGGGAGGGAUACAUGUUUUCAGACCAGGAGAUCCGCAUCAAGGAAUCCACAGACUUCUACGGGGCGGUCCUAUGGCCUUCAGCGAUGGUCAUAUGUCACUUCUUGGAGGAGAAUCGAGACGUCUACAAGUUAGUCGACAAAAACGUGAUUGAACUGGGAGCCGGGACUGGACUUGUCACAAUAGCGGCCAGUCUUUUAGGGGCUAAAGUGACGUCCACAGACCUCCCUGAUCUGUUGGGAAAUCUCCAAUACAAUGUAAUGCGCAACACCAAGAACCGAUGCAAAUAUAUUCCCCUGGUGACGGAGUUGUCCUGGGGCGCACAGGUGAAGGAGCGCUUUCCCCACGACACUCAUUACUUUGACUACAUCCUCGCGGCGGACGUGGUUUACUGUCACCCGUUCCUGAGUGAGCUGCUGGACACUUUUGAUCACCUGUGCAGAGAGAACACUAUGAUCUUAUGGGCCAUGCGUUUUCGACUGGAUCCGGAGAACAGCUUUGUCGACCGAUUUAGGGAACGAUUUCAUUUAGAGGAAAUAUACGACCUCCCGACUUUGAGUAUUAAGCUGUACCGCGCCUGGAGGAGAGGCCCGAGCACUAAUGGACUUUAA